CUUUACCAUUGGAUGCUAGACUCGUUUCUCGAUGGCGGAAGCUCGUCUUGCCGUUGCUUUUCAGUUUGCAGUCACCGACGAAGGCGUGAAUAUUCACUUAGACAAACGCGCUGCGUUGGGUGUACUAGAAGCGGCGUUUCGCUCGUACAGGCGUCGAUACUAUCGUCUACGCAAUCGCCUCGCGUAUGGCAUGUUCCCUGCUACACCGCUCUCUCUGCUCGCUCUUGUCCUCUCCGUAUUGGUCGGCUGCUAUUUUCAAUUGGAUCCGAUCGGCUUUCGAUCGCACGUACUAGCAAUAGGAGACAGAAUUCCGGGCGUGAGGAGUUUGAAGCCGCUGUUUCAGGAGCUUAUAGUAAAUCUGUGUCUGGCCCUAGUCCUUUGGAUAGUAUUCUCUCUCAGUCAGCGCUACGUUUUGCGUGUUUUGCUGCAUUAUCAUCAUUGGAUCUUUGAAAGGAGGCCGUCUGUGGGUACAAAGAUUUGGGGAUUGUUCAUCACACUAUUGAGUGGUCCAUUCAAGCCCAUGCUGUACAGUUUUCAGCCAUCUUUACCAAGUCUACCUCUUCCUUCUCUUGGAGACACACUUAGCCGAUAUCUUAAGUCUGUUCAGCCAUUGCUGAGUGAUGAAGAGUUUGAAAAGAUGAAACAGUUGGCCUAUGAUUUCCAGCAUGGUGUUGGUCGAAAGCUACAGCGCUAUCUUUUUCUCAAGUAUCUGUGGUCUGUGAACUAUGUUUCUGACUGGUGGGAGCAGUAUGUGUAUCUUCGGAGCAGGUCUCCACUGAUGAUUAAUAGCAACUAUUAUGCUGUGGAUGCGAUGUUUCAUUGUUCGACGGAAGUUCAGGCUGCUCGAGCUGCUAGCAUGAUCCACGGUAUGAUGUUGUACAAGAAGUUACUGGAGUCAGAAAGAUUGGAACCGCUAAUGUUGCGUGGUCUUAUUCCUCUCUGCUCAUCUCAAUACGAGAGAACAUUUGGAACAACACGGAUACCAGGCAUUGAGCAAGACACUCUACGCCAUGUUGACCCAGAUGAGUGUAGGCACAUUGUGGCAGUUCAUCAAGGUCGGUAUUACGUUGUGCCAUUAUACUCACGAGGACGCCUUUUGUCUGCAACAGAAAUUGAGGGACAAAUACAGAGAAUUUUGAAUGAUGUUGCUCCCUCACGUCCUGUAAAGAAUGGUGAACUGAAACUGCCUUCUUUGACUGCUAUGGAGAGGGGAGAGUGGGGAAAGGUCUAUCAGACAUUCUUUACAUCAGGUCACAAUCGCAAGGCGAUGGACAUGCUAGAAAAAGCUUCUUUCAUCGUUUUCCUGGAAGACGAAGCUGUCACUUACUCUAAGGAUGAUCCUACAAAGCUGAAUGAGAUGGGUCGUAGUUUGCUUCAUGGAAGUGGCUGGAAUCGAUGGUUCGAUAAGUCAGUGUGUCUUGUUGUUUUCAAGAAUGGAAGGAUGGGGUUCAACAUUGAACACUCGUGGGCAGAUUCUCCGGUUAUUGGUCAGAUGUUAGAAACCACAGUGGCAUGGGAUUUUGCAAGUGAGAGAUUUGAUGCUGAUGGUCACUGUGCUGGGGAAGCCACAAGUGGACCUCUUAGGUUUCCUGAACGUUUGGAUUGGGACUUGAAUGAAGAAUUGGUAGACACAAUAGAACGUGCAGCUGAAGAUGCUGCAAAAAGAACUGAGAAUUUACAAUUACGUAUUGUUGUCCAUGAGGCAUUUGGAAAAAAAGCUAUCAAGAAUUGUAAAGUAGGUCCUGAUGGUUUUAUUCAAAUGGCGAUACAGUUGGCAUUCUACAGGGAGUACAAGAAAUUUUGUUUGACAUAUGAAGCCUCGAUGAUGCGCCUCUUUAGAGAUGGCCGAACUGAAACCGUGCGUCCUGUCACUAUGCAAUCAUGUACUUUUGUGGAGGCAAUGUGUAAUCCGGAGACAUCUAAGGAGAAGUGUAGACAACUCCUUAGGGAUGCCUGUGAAAAUCACCAGCAAGUGGCAAGAAGAGCGAUGAUAGGAGAAGGUGUUGACAGACACUUGUUCUGCUUAUACGUUGUUUCCAAAGCUUUAAAGGUGGAUUCUGCCUUUUUACAACAGGUCCUUGGAGAGCCAUGGACAUUAUCCACAAGCCAGACUCCACAUGAUCAGACUGGAGCUCUUAAAACUGAUGAGUUUCCCACUCAUGUUUCAUUUGGAGGAGGAUUUGGACCAGUUGCUGAUGAUGGAUAUGGUGUUUCAUACGUCGUCGCUGGAGAUAAUCACAUUUUCUUCCAUGUUUCCAGUUUCGCAAAAUGCCUACACACGGAUUGUUCCAGAUUUGCAGACAGAAUUUGUGAAUGUAUGGCUGAGAUGUUAGCUUUGUUCAAAACAGAAGAGCAGUGAUGUUACUUACGUCAGCGCUGCAUGCAUAUUUGCAGUUUUGUGGAACACUUUUCAACAUUUAGCAACAAAGUGAUGUUUUUCAGUUGCCUGUUCAGGUUGUUUGGUGCACAUAAUUAUGAUGUAUGUAUGAGAAUACCAAGCUUUCAGAUC